AUGCCGCACCGUCCUUUCCUCAAUAAAGACCAAGUCGCCAAAAUAGAUCAGCUUGAACAGGCCUAUACAUCCCAAGAUGCUUCAAACAACUUCGCAUGCAGUGGUAUCUUCCCUCCACACGCGGUGAAUAUCGACACAUUGGCUUUGUACUAUCAAAAACCGACUGAAAAGAAGACACGAGGUUCGAUCAAAUCCGUAACCUUCCCUCUCACACAAGAAACAGCCAGAAAUAUCUACAAUACUGGCGAGCCUUCCCCUUUCGGCAGAGGUAAUGAGCUCGUCUACGAUCUGACAUACAGGCAAGCUCAUGAGCUCAAGCCACCCCAUUUCGCACUUACGAACGACCUCCUCUCGGCAUGUGGUCUUCUUACACUUCUAGCUAGAAAGUUAGACUACGAGAUUCCAGUAGAAGCUAAAAUCAAUAAGCUGAAUGCUUAUGGUGAAGGAGGUUUGUUCAAGGCUCAUAAGGAUACACCACAAAGUCAAGAUCACAUCGGCACACUCAUGAUUUGCCUUCCCAGUCCAUUUACCGGAGGUGCACUUGUCGUCCGUCAGAAUGGCUCUACUAUCACUUUUGAUUGGGGAAAACAAACCGAAGAUGGAUCAUUCGCUUGGGGAACAAGGAUCACCAUCUCCUAUGACAUCUUCCUGGGCAAGAAUGCAGCCGACUUCAAACAGUCCACUUUUGAUACUCGACUCGUACCCAUUAUUAAAGCUUUCAAGGAGAUACUCAAACCCGAUUUUCUACCUGAGGGGGGUGCAUUGGCACUAGGUCUGACGCAUGGGUAUCCCAUGAUGGAGAAUGAACCCGAUACAGAUCUGUCCAGAAAACUCAAAUCUUCGGAUGCGAUGCUUUUGGCCGCUAUCAAGAAGCUCAAUCUCAGAUGGGACUAUUUCGGCGUUUACGACUACGACAGAUCGGAUUACUAUGAAGAAGAUUCGGACGAAGACGAUGAGGGUGAUCAGGAUGAUCCGGAAGCUCUUAAAAUCGAUACUACCUUCAGAGGGACAUUUGGAUAG